AUCUUAAGCAUUUUAAUCUUAUAGACGCACAAUAUGACUGUGUGUAGAAAUGUUGCUAAAAUAGUUGAGAGCAUUGAAAAAACGGAAGGCAUUGGUGCCAAAGUAUUUCGUGGCAUAGGAAGUCGUACUCUACCUUCACUCGAUCCUUUUUUGCUCUUUGACGAAGCCAAAAUUAAACCUCCAGCAGGUUUUCCUCCCCAUCCCCAUAGAGGAUUUCAAACAGUUUCUUAUAUUCUAAAAGGAAAGUUAUCGCAUGAGGAUUUCUGUGGUCAUAAGGGCCUAUUGGGGCCAGGAGAUAUGCAAUGGAUGACUGCUGGUCGAGGUAUAGUGCACUCUGAAAUUCCAUCAGUUGGAAGUACUGAAGAGGGGCAUGGUCUGCAAUUAUGGAUAAACUUACGAAGUGAUGAAAAAAUGUGUGAACCUGAUUACCAAGAAUUUUCCAGUAAAAAAAUACCCAAGUCAAAAUCGAAUGGAGUUUCAGUCAAUAUUCUUUCUGGUGAAGCGCUAGGUGUGAAGUCAAAAAUCAACACUCGAACACCAGCCAUGUAUCUAGAUUUUAACUUUAAACCUGGGGCCAAGCAUCAGCAACCCAUACCCAAAGGAUGGAAUGCAUUUACGUAUACCCUGUCUGGGAAUAUCAUGGUGGUUGGCCAGUCAGUACCUCCGCACCACACUGCUAUCCUCGAAGAUGGAGAUUUUGUAACACUUGCCAAUGAAUCAUCAGAAAAAUGCCGUUUCCUUCUCAUUGCGGGGAAACCGCUAAAUGAACCUGUUGCCAGGCAUGGACCGUUUGUAAUGAACACACAAGAACAAAUAGAUGAAGCUAUCGCUGAUUAUCACAAUUCUCGAAACGGAUUUGAGAAUGCACAAUCAUGGAUACAAAGAGAGAACUCAUAAUCAUUUAUUAUUAGUUGAACUAAUAACCAAGUAAACAUCUAAUGAUGUGUGAAAUUUCUGGAUAUUACUAUGUUAGAUUAUUGAAAUUCAAAUUAUAUAUGAAAAACCUCAAAUGAUUAUUCAUCUAUUCACAUCUCCUUGCCACGCUUACUUGUCAGUCUUUUUUUUUUAAUUUUUUAGAUAUUUAUCACUGUUUUGUCCGUUUCUUUGUGAUUAACUUGAAAAAGGUGGCAGAACGCCAUACAAAAGUAAAAUUCCAUUUGAUAAUUAAAUGUUUUUGUAACUCUUCGAAGAAUGAGUUUCAAAUGAAUGCACUUUAGUUUCAGACCGUGUCACACCUAUUUUUCAGUAUUAUUUUAUAUAUAUUUAUCAGUGUUUUGUUCGUUUCUUUGCAAAUUUACUUAAAACAAGGUGGCAGAACACCAUACAAAAGUGAAAUUUCAUUUCAUAUUACCCGUUUUUUAAACUCUUCGAAGAAUGAAUGCAUUUCAGUUUCACGCUCACUUUUCAGGAAUAAAUUGUGAUAAAUAACCUUUUAUAGGUAUACCACUAACAUAUUAUACAUUGUUUUAUCAUGUAAUUCAUCACUUCAUGGGCUUUUAUAAAAUAGAUUAGAGCCAACCUG